AUGACAGCAGAUAGCAUAGUCACAAAAAGGCACCCCACCUUAGAAAAAGAUGAAAAUGAUGAGUUUCUAGAGUCAACAACAUCAACUCCGCUCUUCUCGUCGGAACAUCCUGAGCCCGAUCUAGACCUCGAUGCCGUGCCAGAACGGGACUUUAAGCCGACGCCGUACAAGCGGGAGCUAGUGUGGCGGAACAUAAUCGCCUUGCUGGUGAUGCACAUCAUCGGCAUCUACGCCUUCUGCCUCAUUCCCAGCGCCAAACUGUGGACCAUGUGGUGGGGCUAUGCGGUCCUUCUUCUUGCUACGGUGGGUGUGCAAACAGGCGCUCACCGGUUGUGGGCCCACCGGUGCUACAAAGCCCAUUGGUCGCUGCGACUGGUGCUGUCGCUGUUGCACGUCAUGGCUCUGCAGAACGACCUCUACGAGUGGUGUCGAGAUCACCGAGUCCACCACAAGUGGAGCGACACUGACGCCGAUCCGCACAACUCCAGCCGAGGCUUCUUCUUCAGUCACAUGGGCUGGCUGAUGGUCCGAAAGCACCCAGAAGUCAUUCGAAAAGGCAAAACCGUCGAUCUGAGCGACCUGAAAGCCGACCCGAUUGUGAUGUUUCAGCGCCGUUUCUACGUUCCGCUGGUGUUCCUUUUCUGGGGCUACCUUCCGGCGGCUGUGCCCGUCUACUGCUGGAAUGAGACCUGGUUCCACUCGAUCUUCGGCGUCGUCAUCCUCCGCUACGUCCUCUCGCUCAACGUGACGUGGCUGGUCAACUCCUGGGCGCACAUGUACGGCACCAGGCCGUACGAUAAGAAGGCAGUCCCGGUGGAAGCGUCCAUCCGAAACUGGCUCAUGGGUGAAGGUUUCCACAACUAUCAUCACACAUUUCCUUGGGACUACUCUGCUAGUGAGCUGGGCGCAUGGGACGUCUUCAACCCGGGCACUGUGAUGAUUGACUUCUACCAAAAGGUGGGCCUAGCUUGGGACUUGAAGAAAGUCAGCCCUCAGCUGAUUGCAGCCAAGUACAAAACUACUGGAGAU